UGGAUUCUUCAAAGAAAAGAGAGAGAGAUUCGUUUGAGUUUCAAUUUUCCUUUGACUAUUUAAGGGUGCAAUCACCAAACCAAAUGUUAUGUUUCAGACACUAGAGCAGCCACAGAGUGAAAAUGUGUUCCCAUAGCCUCAUUUUCCAUGCUAACUUGUUUCUUCUGCUGCUAAUAGUUGGUUGUCAUGCUCAACUUCGAGUUGAUUACUACAAAAACACAUGUCCAAAUGUUGAAUCGAUUGUACGAAGUGCGGUUGAGAAGAAACUUCAGCAGACAUUUGUGACAGCUCCUGCUACACUUAGGCUCUUCUUCCAUGAUUGUUUUGUUAGGGGAUGUGAUGCAUCUGUGAUGCUAGCUACAAGAAACAACACAUCAGAGAAGGAUAAUCCUAUAAAUCUUUCACUAGCUGGUGAUGGAUUUGACACUGUGAUCAAAGCCAAGGCUGCGGUUGACAGUGUACCUGGCUGCCAGAAUAAGGUUUCAUGUGCUGACAUAUUGGCAUUGGCAACUAGAGACGUCAUAGCAUUGGCAGGAGGACCAUCUUAUGCAGUAGAGUUGGGAAGGCUAGAUGGGAGAGUCUCAACAAAAGCCAGUGUUAGACACCAUCUACCUCAUCCUGAAUUCAAACUAGAACAGCUGAACCAAAUGUUUGCUUCACAUGGCCUCACCCUUACGGAUCUAGUUGCUCUAUCAGGAGCACAUACAAUCGGGUUCUCUCACUGCAGCCAGUUCUCCAAACGGAUUUACAACUUCAGAAGAAGGAAAAGCAUUGAUCACACACUGAAUCCUACGUAUGCAAAACAGCUCCAGCAAGUGUGUCCAAAAAAUGUGGACCCCAGAUUAGCCAUUGACAUGGACCCAGUUACACCUAGGACAUUUGAUAACCAAUACUACAAGAAUCUUCAGCAAGGAAGAGGACUCCUUGCCUCUGAUCAAGCUUUGUUUACUCAUAAAAGAACAAGAGACCUAGUGAACUUAUUUGCAUCCAACAACACAGCCUUUGAAGCUUCUUUUGUAAGUGCCAUGAUGAAGCUAGGACGGAUUGGGGUCAAAACGGGAAACCAGGGUGAAAUUAGGCAUGAUUGCACAAUGAUUAACUGAGACACUAACCAUGUUUAUGUUCAGAUCAUUGUCCAAUACUUCUUUCAAUUUCUUUCCUUUUGGAGGUUAAUAAAUACUAAUGUCUAAGACCAGUGUAGGAAUGGUGAUAACAAUAAAAUGCAAUGCAGGCAAAGUCACUUAAGUAGAAUUUGAUUCUAGAAGAGUUUCCAAAGAGACUAGGCACGACUUCAGUUUUGGACUGUUUCAACUCAAUUCAAAUAGUGAAGCAUCUAUUUCAUUUUUAUUCUACAACUACAUCAAGCUAUGAUUUAUGUACUGCAAUGGACGCAUUAGACAGUGACA